AUGGUAAAAGACACAGUCCAAUCAUUGAAACUGGAAAAUGACAAGUUAAAAGAUAAGAUUCAAGAAAUUUGUGCUGAAUUACGCAACCUACGAGACGAAGUUAAAGCUGAACGAAAUGGCGCCCAUGCCAGUUCAUCUGAAGGCACCGAUGAGGGAAACACUACGGCAACUCCGAACAGCAUCCAAGAAGACUUUAAGAAAUAUGUUAACGACAGGAUGUCUCUUAUUGAAAAAUCUUUGGAACGCUUGUCAUCUCAAGCGGAUAAAAUAUCAUCUUUAUUGGAUCAAGCAUUGGAAUAUUCGUAUUCAUACAACAUCAAGCUUGUGGGCGUUCCUGAAGUUGAGCAACGAGAAAGCGCCGGAGAUACGCUGGAACUUUGCAUGAGAAUCUUCAACAAAAUUGGAGCUGAAAUUCAUCCUUAUGACCUUGACAUUGCCCAUCGAGUGCCAUCUCGUAACACGUCUCAUGGUCGACUGAAACCGAUUAUUUGUAAAUUUACUCGGCGCAUCGCCCAUGAAAGUGUUAUGGCAGCCCGUAGAGAAGUAAACAGGAUCGUUCCUGCUGAUAUUGGUCUCCGAGAAAGCUCAUCUUUAGAACAUGCUGCUAUCUACGAUCACCUCUCCCCACGACUGCAGAGUUUAUUAUCUGACGCCAAGAAAAUAAAGGAAAGAUUUCUCUUCUCAUUUUGUUGGGCCAAGAACUCAACCAUCUGGCUGCGGAAAAAUGAAACCUCUCGU